CUCAGUCCAUGCCAUGCCAUUCCACCCACGAAUGCACCCACCCACAUACAGACCAAUCACUGCCCAAAGCACUCGUCCCAGAAGUCGCCCUCCAGCUUCACCAACUCAACAAACACCUGCCGCAUCUGCGCCUCCGCCGCUGUGCCGCUGCACUCCUUAGCGGUGCGGUCCACUUCGCCGUACAGCCACGAAACAAACGCGCGGAACCCAUCGUUGGAGUGGAGGCCGAUCCACUCGUGGAAGUAGAAGGGCAGUGAGGCGGGGGGCUUCUCUGUUGCUGCCAGCCGGACGCCCCACGAGUGGUACACCCACUCGGCGCAGAAGAGGGCCGCAAUCAUGGAGUGGUAGCCCUCGCCCUCGGCCCGCGCGAAGGCGUCGAGCAUCUUCUGCAUGGUGGGGCUGGGUGUGGCCUUGCCGGCCUCCGACUCGCUCGAGCCAAGGGCAGCGAAUGACCGCAGGAAGUAGUCGUCUGCACGGCACGACACAACAGAACACACGUGGCAGGCCAGCAUACACCACAGGUGGGUGUGCGUGAGGGUCCGUCGCUCUGGCAUGGCAUACUCUCUUCGGAUGUGAUGACUGCGAGGAAGGAGGAGAGCUUGGAGAUCUGCGGCAUGGCCGGCGCCGCAGCAAUGAUUCGCGCAAUGAGCCUUGCAAAGCUCUCCAGGAAGAUAUAGUCCUGCAGCGCACACAGCGCACAACGGAUGAUACGCACAAUGGCGCAGAUGGUGUGCUACCUGCAUCAGGUAGAUCUUAAACUUUUCCUGCGGCAGAGUGCCGCCCCCGAUGCCUUCGAUGAAUGGAUGGUGCGUCGCCCUCUUCCAGUCCGCCCCAGCCGCCCUCUCCAGCUCAGCAGCGCCAAAAUCAGCCAUCGCAACCAGCGUUUGGACGCUGUGCCAAAAGAUCUCUCAGCAGCGGCCGUCAAGCUCUUCUCUGCACCGCUUUCUCUCCGUUUCCCUGCCUGUCG